AUGUUUUCAAAGAUCGCAAUUUUCGCUUUGUUCGUGGCUGUUGCUCAAUGCAGCGCCAUACAUGGAGCUGGAUACUCUAGCUUCUCCUAUGGAGUGGCAGACCCACACACAGGUGACGUUAAGAGCCAACAGGAGACCCGGCAUGGAGACAGUGUGGUGGGUCAAUACUCUCUUUUGGAAUCCGACGGCACCCGGCGGACGGUAGACUACGCUGCUGACGCCCACAACGGUUUCAACGCUGUCGUACGCAAGGACCCAGCUCUUGUGGCUCACGCUCCAGCUGUCGUGGCCGCCCCAGUCGCUGCAUACGCUGCAUCUCCCGUUGCCUACGGAGCUCAUGCUCGCGUCGCAUACGCUGCUCCAGCUUACUCCGCAUACGCCGCUCCCGCUUCGCCCCUUGCGUACAACGCGUACGCUGCUCCCGCUGUCGCCUACAACUCAUACGCUGCCGCCCCUCUUGCCCACGGAGCUAUCUCCUACGGAUCUUACGGCUACGGCUCCCAUGGACUCGGCCACGCCCGUCUUGGUUGGUGA